CUGAAGCGCAAUUCAUCGCGGACGCGAGAAAAUCACAGCCAGGAGCUAUAUUUGACCCGGCGCUGUCGACUUGCAACGAUGCUCCUGCGGCAAGCCAGCCGCGCCGCACGCCGGUCGCCGCGGCCGCUCAGGCGCCUCAGCACCGAGAAGACGUAUGCAUCCGUAAAAGCCGGCAAUCUUCUGAACGAGGCAGCAGCAGCAACCCCAGAGAAGGGCUGGCCCUGGUACCUCAAGGCCAUAGGUGCUUCCGCCGCUUGUGCAGGCACGGGCGCCUACGUCGCGCUGCUCAUGCACCACGAACUUGGUUUUCGCCGCUUCUGCGAGAGCGUCUCUCCCUCACUGGUCGACCUCGUAAGGCAGAGGUACCCCUUCGCCGACGAGGAUCCGGAACGAAGGGCCUAUGUCCAAAAGUUGACAGAGGAGCUCGCGACACCUAGAACCGUGUCAUUCAACGGUAGACGAGUAGAGGUAGCAGGUGGAGCGUCGGCGUCAGAAUGUCGGGAAGCUUUGGGAAUAGCGUGCGACCUCGACAUCGAUAUCGAGGACGUCGAGGGUGUAGAUGAGGUGAUGGUUGCGGAGGAGGAGGUCCGACGGCCUUCCCAACUAGAAAUCGCCGUGGCGCGGUGUGGCGCGUCCGUCUGGGCGCCGCUGCCUCCCCAAGUCCCGACGGAGGGACCCACGGCGCAAAUUGAGGAGCUGGAAGCGCGGAAGCGCAAGAUCGGCGACGACCUCGCCUCCGGUGUUUUAAGGGUCGACGCGGCGCAGCCCGAGGUCGACGCCAUCGAAACUAGGUUGCGAGAGCUCCGUAAGAAAUAA